AAGACGACUCAGUCGCAAGAGAAGUGCCCGGCCAGCAACACGUGAAAUUAAUGUGGUUUUGAAUAUUCGUCUAAAUUUUUCUAUUAUUUAUAAAGCAAAAAAAAGUGUUAUCAGUGAAACUGUUUUUGUGUUAAAGUCUUUCCUUUUUUUCUUGUACUUUUUGUUCUUUUAUAUAUUUUUUUGAGUUUUCUGUAAAAAAACAAGGUGCUUUUAGUUUUUAUGUGGAUUAUGUACGAGUCUCAACGUUAACCUUUCUUAGAGACAGAAUGCGAUUAUUCAAGAGACGAUCUGAAGAUCCGAGUCCCGAGUUGGUAUCGGCUACGUCGAUAUCUCCGGAUUUUCCUCUUCGGCAGACGAAAAGCGACAUUGAAGAUGCUUGUUCGCCAGUAUCGUCACAAGAAGACCCAACAUUGCCAAGUUCCUCGUCCUCCUUUUCUGCUCGUAAAGGAAUUGCAACAUUGGGUCGAAAAUUGGGCCAAAGAUUUGAUCAAUUAAAGAGAUCGGAAAGUUCCGAAAUUCUUUCUGGAUCGGGAAGGAGACGACGUUGGAGUCCAAAUAGAAAAAGUCUUGGUGAUAUUCCCAAUGAGAAGAAAUUAAAUUUGUCGCCGCCGUCGCCUGAUCGUCCGAAAUCGAAGCGAAUUUCCCGAGUGGAAUCAUUGCGGAAUUUCAUUCGUGGUUCGGAGAGGACAGAAAGGAUUGAGCAGAAGUCGAAGAGUGUGACAAUCGAGGAGGAAGAAUUGUCUAACUUCCGGAUAGAUAAGGCGCACAGCGAAGGAGUUCUCAAAUGCUCAACGAAAAAUUUGAACAGCAGCAAAAAUAUCGAUACCCUUCGAAGAAGAAAAGAAGCAAUCUGUCGAAGUAUACAGAAUCUUCAAAAGAAAGUCCCCGAAUUGGACAAAUUGGAAGUGGAAAUCGCCAGAGGAUUUACUGUUUCCCAAAGGUCCAUUAGUGCUUCGUCAAUAGAUUUGAAAUUUUUACCUAGAACUGGUAGUGUCAAGAGAAAUCUAUUCAACUCACGAAAUAUCGACAUCAACGCAAACGAGAAUAUUAACAACAAUAAUGUCAAAUCUGAACGACCGAAAUCGUCAAUGCCGGGUGGAGUGGAGGAUUUGCUCAAUAACUUGAAGCUGUGUUAUGACGAGAGUGGCUACGAUUCAGACAGUACGAGAACUGGAGCUGACUCGCCAGAUGGCGAACAAUCAACUCAACAAUCAAGUCCGAGAAAAUUGUCCAUAACUUCGGAAGAUUACCAAGGUGUUGAUUUGUCCGAUUCCUCCAAGAAACUUGAAAUUUCAAGCGCUGAUGUAACGUUAAAAAAUGCUGAUGAAACGCUCAACGCUAAUGAAGCAACAUUACUCGCUGAAGAUUCUUUAAACUCAUCGUCAACCACUGCAAUGACUUUCAUUGCGAGUAAUGAUAAAUCAACGAGAGAUGGCUCUCCAGUGAGGAGUAAAUCUUUGAAAUCAACGAGAAUGCGUAAUUCAGAGAUGCAAUUGAGAACACCGAAGAGUAAAGCCGUCAAAAAUAUUGUCACCUCUUGUCUUUUGGAUAAUGCCGCCUCACCGUGCAGGGACACUCCUCCUUCGUUGAAAUAUUUACAAAAACUCGAGACCACACCAAUACAGUACUACAAUCCAAAACGAUCCCGCGCCGAUAUGGAACCAGAGGUCGUCGAAAGUCCCAAAAGAAAACUAAAGCGAAAGGGUUGCUCAAAUUCACAGCCAACUAAAUCACCGGCAGUUUCCUCUGCCAAGAAGCUUGUUAGACGAGAGUUGAAAACAAUGAAAUUAAUCGUUCAAAUUCCUGGCAAUCUGGGCAUUUUUUUGGAGAAAAAAGAAGCUGUACGUCCAUUUUAUAUUAUUUCAAUGCUGGAUCCAAAAGGAGAGGCCGCAAAUUCUAAUCUUUUUAGAAUUGGAGACGAAAUUGUACGAGUUUGUGGACGAAGAAUUCGUGGAAUGUCUGAGGCUGAAGCAAGAAAUGCUUUAAGAAGCUGUUUCGGACCAGUUGAGUUGCAAAUUGCACGAGUACCGACAUUCGCCUUUGGAGGAGAAUUUGGAGAAACUUGGAUAGAAAAUCCAAUUGUUCGAACGAAAAGUGAUCCUCACGUUUGGUCGUUGAAAGAGGCGGAGAAUGAUAAUAUGGAUUUAUCAAUAACUUUCAACUCUUCGCAAAUGUCGUUUGAUGAUAGUUUUUGCAAUGAUCCCAAUGAGGACAUGUCUCAAGAUUUGAUGAAAGAAGACUCUUUAAAAAAUUGCACGAAUGAAAACGUAAAAAUGGACACUGAUGAUAGUGAUGAUAAAAUGUCCUGUAAAAUUAUUGGGGCAUUAAGGAAAGAUGGUAUAAAUGUAUCCAUUACAACAAUGGAUAAAAUCGGUAAAGAAAAUACGGGGAAAGUCGAAGAAAAAGUGACGGGAAUGAAGAAGUUUCAGAAUGUGAAGAAACGAAAUUCAAAUGCGACACUUUGUACAAGAAGAGCAACAAGUUUACCCAUGGACCUAAUUACGAUUUCUUUGGAAAAAGGAACGACAAAGAAGCUUGGAUUCUCCAUUGUUGGAGGAUCGGACAGCAAUAAAGGGAAUAUGGGAAUUUUCGUGAAGGAUAUUCUGGCCGGAGGACAGGCAGCGGAGGAAGGAAGUCUGAAGAUUGGAGACGAAAUUCGGGCAAUUAAUGGCAUUCCAAUGGAGGGAAUGACACACGGAAAAGCGCUUCACACUUUUAAGGCCGUAAAAGCAGGAAAAAUUAUUCUCCACGUUGGAAGGAGAGAUCCAACCCACAAACGGUUGUUGAGGCGAUAAAAUUGCUUUUUAUUAACUUUCGUUACAUCCACCAAUCAAAGUCCUACGAUUAUUUGGACAGACUCGUAGAAAGUGGAGAAGAGUAAUUCGAUCUCUUGAUUUUCUUGAUGAAGAAAGAAAAAUUAUUAUUUAAAAGAAGAUUCUCAAAAAAAUUUUAGUUUAAUUAACUUUAAAUUUAUUUAUACAUAAAAAAUUAUGUACAUUAUUAUAUCGAUGGACUUAUAUUGCGAUUUUUCAUAUUAGUUAUUUAAAAAAAAUGUGAUAUUGAUUUAUUAAUUUUAGAUUAUAUUGACGAAAUUAUCAUUUAUUUAAUAUUUAAAACACGAUUUUUGUUAUUUAGAAUUUUCUACAAUCGAAUACGGCCUUAAAUACAUAAACAAGUGAAAAAUAUUGUAAUUUUCUAGAGAAAGAAAAAAUUCUAAAUUAAGUUUAUCUUAAAUAUUGUAAUCAUCUUUAAUUUUUUUAUACUUGAUUUUUAUAUUGUGCAUUACAAUAUGUGAAUUGUAAUUCACUGUAAGAUUUGAAGUAUAUAUAAUUUUGAAAUUUAGCCGAUAAUUUCUCUUUUUAAGUUAAAAGAUGAUUAGUAAUAGAUUUAGAAUUCUUUUUCUUUUAUUUUCUACGAGAAAAGUAAUGUGUAAAUUUGUUUGUUUGUCAAAAUAUGUAUAUUAAUGUACGAACUUACCAUUUUCUGUUAGAUGAUACAAGCUAACAAUUAGAAAUAUGGUUUUUCACUAAUAUCGCAGAUGCCAAUUAACAUGUUUUUUUUAUGUUAAAACAUUUGUUUAUAUUAAUUAAACUGCGAUAUUGAUUACUUCUGAUAUUAACUGGGUAUAGAAUGAUUUGUCUUAAAUUUUUUUCUUUUUUUUGUAUAUAUUAACUUAAGUUUUUUAAGUUACGAAGACUGACAUUCGAAAUGUCUACCUGAUAAAUGCUGUGAUACAGAUUGUAGUCGUAUUUUUAGUUCGUAUCGUACAAAAGUGUAUUUAAAAUAAAUGUCGUACUGUUUAAAA